AAAGGAAGGAGGGAGCGGCCGCCAUCUUGUGUGAGGGAGUGAGCGGCCCAGGAAGGAAGGAGGGAGGGAGGGAAGGAAAGAAGGAAGGAAGGAAGUGGGGAGAGAAAGAGGGAACAAGGAAGGAAGAGAAGCCGCUCGCCAGCCGCCGCGGAGGAGCCGCCGCCAUGAACCCCGAGUAUGACUACCUAUUCAAGCUGCUUCUGAUUGGUGACUCUGGUGUGGGGAAAUCUUGUCUCUUGCUACGGUUUGCAGAUGACACCUACACAGAAAGCUACAUUAGCACCAUCGGGGUGGACUUCAAAAUCCGCACCAUCGAACUGGAUGGCAAAACCAUCAAACUGCAAAUUUGGGACACAGCUGGGCAGGAACGGUUUCGGACCAUCACAUCCAGCUACUACCGAGGGGCACAUGGCAUCAUUGUAGUUUACGACGUCACAGACCAGGAAUCCUACAACAACGUGAAGCAGUGGCUGCAGGAAAUUGAGCGCUACGCCAGCGAGAACGUCAACAAGCUCCUCGUGGGCAACAAAUGCGACUUGACCACAAAGAAAGUGGUGGACUACACAACCGCCAAGGAAUUUGCGGACUCCCUGGGGAUCCCCUUCCUGGAGACGAGUGCCAAGAACGCCACCAACGUGGAGCAGUCCUUCAUGACGAUGGCGGCGGAGAUCAAGAAGCGCAUGGGCCCCGGAGCCACCGCUGGCGGAGACCGGCCCAACCUGAAAAUCGACAGCACUCCCGUCAAACAAGGAGGCAGUGGCUGCUGCUGAGGAGGGACACGGUGGGGUUGGGGGGCGGGAGGGGGCUCUGGCUGGGGCCUGGGGGGAGAGGGGGAGCCGUGCCCCCGCUCUGCUCCUGCCCAGCCCUUUGUGCUUUUUUUCCCCUUCUCUCCAAGGUGGCUUUUCCCGGAUGAUACCUCGGCAGAGGGGGACGGGGCCUCCCCUUCAUGCUCAGCCGCUCCCAAGGGCUGUUGAGCAGCUUUGGCCUAUUGUUUCCCCCCCACUUAACUAUAGGGUGGUGGUGUUUGGAGGGGAGGGAGAGGAAGGGUGGGGUGGGGAGACUGGUCUCAUGGCGACGUCAACGGUUCUCCUUGCUGGGUUUUUGUGUUGCUGCCCUUGCUUUCUCCUCUCAUCCUUCCUGUCCGCGCCACGAAAGUAAGGGAGAGCUUUUGUAUUUUUUUUUUCUCCAUCUUGCCUGCAGCCCCACAGAUCUUUCUCGUGGGCCGGCUACGCUGCUUCGUGCUCCUCCAAUCCUUCCGUUGGUCUUGGUGGUUCACCAACAUGUCACUUUCGGCUGGUGCCAAGGACUGGAGGGAAUCUCUUUCUCUGCCCUGUGCUUGGUUUGUGGGGAGUGGGCCCUGCGACACUCAUAUUUCCCCACAUGGGAAGGCUUUCUUUUGGCCUCUUUGGGGGAGUCGUCCCUCUGUUGCUACCCUCCCGAUCACUACAUCGCAUCCCCGCUCUCCCCCACGCACAUUAGUGUUCCUGAACCUCUUCCUCUCGGGACUUCCUUUCUUCCAUCCUUCCUUCAUUCCUUCCACCCAUCCUGCCUUCCUUUCUUUUCUUCUUUUUUCCUUCCAUCCUUCCCUCCUUUCAUAUCUUCUUUCCUUCCCUUCUUCCCUCCAUUCUUCCAUCCUUCCUUCCCUUUCUCCUUCCUUCCUUCCUUCCUUCCUUCCUUCCUUCCUUCCUUCCUUCCUUCCUUCCUUCCUUCCUUCCUUCCUUCCUUCCUUCAUAUUUUCUUUCCUUCCUUCAUAUAUUCCUUCCCUCCCUUCCUAUCUCCUUCCUUCCUUCUUAUCUUCUUUCCUCCCUUCAUAUAUUCCUUCCCUCCCUUCCUUUCUCCUUCCUUCCUUCAUAUAUUCCUUCCCUUCCUUUUCUCCUUCCUUCCCUCCUUUUCCAUCCAUCUUUCCUUCAUUUCUUCUUUCCUUCUGUCCUUCUCCUUACUCCCUCCAUCCUUUUCCUCCUCCCUCCCUCCCUCCCUCCUCCUGCUCCGUUCAGCAUCCUGCUCUCAGAACGGACCUUUUGUGGGGCUUCAGCAGGACCCACCAUGUCUUCCCUUAUCUCCCCUCUUUCCUUACUCCUCUGCCUUCCUCUCCCGUUCUUUCCCCUCCCGAGCACCCCUUCUUCUUCUCCUUACCUUCCCACCCUCUCUUCCACAUCUUGCUCUAGGAACGGACAUUUGGUGGGCGUUUCGCAUCCCUUGCCUCUUCUCUUGCUCAGAACUAAUUUAACACUUUUUAAAACCUGGAAGUAAGGGGAGAUUUAGGUUUGGGCCAUUGCUGCUGCUGCUGUUGUUUGUUUGCCUAUUCAUAGUCUAUGAAUGAAUGUAUCUUUGGGCCGCUGGGCAUCCCCUUUGCUGUGUCCACAGCUUCAGGUGUGGCUUACCUGCAGCCAUUUCAACCUGCUUCUGAACCAAACCUUCAACCCACCCACCCACCUUUUUCUCCUCCUUAUCAAUGACCAAAUCCAGGCCCAUCCGUCCGCCUGGCUCCCCUGAAAGCUGUAUCGCGUGCGUGUGUGUCUCUUUUCUUUUUAGCACCAAGAAGCUGUUUGUCUCUUUCUUUUUUUGGAAAUUGCUCCACUGCCCCAUUUCCCCCCUUGUUAUUUAAGGAGCGUCAGGGACCCCACUGGGCCAGGCAGUGGGAGGAAGGUUUUGUUUGUCGGCUUUAUUCCCCCUCCCUUUUUUUUUCCACCAAUGAACACACACACAAAAAUGACACAAAUGAGAGGAAAAAGAGAAAAACGGAAACAAAAAAAAUUAUAUAUAAAUAAUAAAACAUAAUAACGCCUCUGCAAAAGGAGGGACUUUCA